AUGUCCGACACUGAUGUGCUGGAACAGACGGGAAUCCUCAGCAUCUACGCCAUACUAAGGCAAAUGCAGCUGCGCUGGAGCGGCCACUUGGUGCGAAUGGACGACGAACGACUACCCAAACGACUCUUCUACGGAGACGUCGCGCCGGGUUCUCGCCGUCCAGGAGGCCGGAUUCGCCGUUGCAGGGAUACCCUGAAGUCCUCCCUGAAACGCCUGCAAAUCAACCCCAGCAACUGGAAGGAGCUAGCACUCGAUCGACUGACCUGGAGUAGGACAGUGAAGAAAGGCGCUGCGAUCUACGAAGCCAACCGCAUCGCUGCCGCCAAAGCGAAACGGAAGGCCCGCAAAUCACAACUAAGCCCAGUACGCAACGCCGCCGCACAACCGCUUCCAACGUGUCCUCGAUGUCGACGGACAUUCCGGGCUCGAAUCUGA